AUGUCAAACCAUCGUUUAUUAACUUUUGAAGAAUUGAACGAAAAAUUAUCUUCGAAUAAACAAUCGUUUCCUAUAGAUCCUGCUAUCAAAGAAAUUUUUAAAAGAGAUGAUCAAAGUCUCGAUGAUUUGGUACAAUGGAUUAAAGAAGAAAAAGACAAUGUUGUCGACACCACCUCGAAAGGAUCAGAUGAGGAUCACGUGAAAUGGUCUUUAAAUCGUGAAUUACUUCAAACCUUAAAAAGUUCACUUGAACAAAUUACAAAAUUUGGCAAGGAAUCUGAUAUCAAAGAAUUUUUGUCCAAAUUCAAUAAUUUAAUUCGACUUCCACAUCUUCACAAAUAUUUUGAAGAAUUAAAUAUUUCUCAGAUCGAUGACAAAUUUUUAGAAAUUUUGUGUAAUGACAUAGUACAAUGUGAGGAUAUCACGUAUCAGAACUUUGUUGUCUUCUUCAAGUUUACCUUCUUGGAAAAAGUACGUUUAAUCACAUCGAAACCUUCACGUGAAUUGCUAUCUAUCCUUUCAAAAAUUGCAAAGGUAAAGAGCAAACCAAUUAUUUAUGGACUCUUAUUACCCUUAAUCCAAGAACCUCAAGAGAUAGCCCGACCUCAAUUGGAAGUCAUUACUCGAACGAUUAAUGGAGGAUUGAGUGAAGAUUCCAUUGUAUCUUUAAUAACAGAAUUAUCCUCUGAUGUCCAAAUGCUUAGUGAGCUCAUGGAUGAAACUCUUCCUAAACAUCUUAAAAAUUGGGAUGAUUCAAUGAUUGAAAUAUUAUUUUCGAUCUUUAGUCAAAAAUUUCGAAUUGAAGAUCCAAAUAUUUUUAAGAGGUUUUUAUAUCAUUUAAGAGUUAAUAUUGAACUUCGACCUAAUAAUCAGAAAUUAGGUCAGAUAUUAUUAUUACUUGUUACUAAACAUUCUGAAAGUAUUAUGGAUCAUUUAGAAGAAGUAAAAGUUGCUGCAGAAAAGUCAACGGCAUUUAUGAAAAAGAGCGUUCUUGGAAAGAUAGAUUCAUUAAUAAAGAGACGUGUUUCCCCAAAAUAA